CUUGAAGGGCUGGAGGAGGCUGAUAUCAAGUUCACACUCACUUCUGUCCCUGUGAAGACUGAAGAAGACGAUGAAGACAAAGCUCAGUCGUCACAGCUUCAUCAAAGACAAACUGAACAGAUGGAAACAGAAGCUGAUGGAGAGGACUGUGGAGGACCAGAACCAGACAGAAACUCACAUCCAGAUAGUCCUGUACAGCCAGACACUGAGGACAAGACUGGAGACUUUUCUGAACCAGAGACUGAUGACAGCAGAGACUGGGAGGAGACUCAGGAACCUCAGUCAGGUUUAAACUCUCUGAAAAACAGUGAAUCACCUGUCAGCGAUGAGGAAUUUAACACUGGAAACACACCAGUUAGCUCCUCUGAAUGUGCCGGAAGCUUCGACCACAAGAAACAUCUGCAGGAAGAAACUGAAAUCCAAACAGGAGAGAAACCAUUUAGUUGUUUAAUUUGUGGUAAAACAUUUUCUCGAAAGUACUACUUCACAACUCAUAUGAGACUUCAUUCAGGGGAAAAACGGUUCAGCUGCUCAGUUUGCGAAGCAAAUUUCAGCUUCAGUAACAGUUUGGUUAAACACAUGAGAAUCCACACGGGGGAGAAACCAUUUAGUUGCUCAUAUUGUGACAAAAGUUUUACACAAAAGGCAGAUCUGAGACGACACAUGAUUGUUCACACAGGGAAGAAACCAUGUAGUUGUUCUGUUUGUGGUAAAAGUUUCACUCAGAAGACGGAUUUGAGACGACACAUGACCGUCCACACAGGGGAGAAACCGUUUCGGUGUUUAAAUUGUGGUAAAACGUUCUCUCAAAAGUACACUUUAACAACUCAUAUGAGACUUCAUACAGAAGGAAAACGCUUGAGUUGCUCAGUUUGUAAAGCAGAGUUUUGUCUCAGUAACAGUUUGGUUAAACAUAUGAAAAUCCAUUCAGGGGAGAAACCAUUCAGUUGUUCAGUUUGUGGUAAAAGUUUCACGCAGAGUUCAGAUAUGAGACGACACAUGACUGUCCACACAGGAGAGAAACCAUAUAGUUGUUUAGUAUGCAGUAAGACAUUCACACAGAAGCAUACUCUGAAAUUGCACUUGCCCAUUCACACAGGGGAGAAACCCUUCAGUUGUUUAGUUUGCGGUAAAACAUUCUCCCGAAAGUACCUUUUAACAUCUCAUAUGAGACUUCAUUCAGAUGGAAAACGGUUCAGCUGCUCAGUUUGUGAGGCAAUUUUUAGUUUUCGUAGCAGUUUGGUGAAACACGUGAAAAUCCACACCGGGGAGAAACCAUACAGCUGUUCGGUCUGUGGCAAAAGUUUUAUCCAAAAGACAGAUAUGAGACGACACAUGACUGUCCACACAGGAGAGAAACCGUUCAGCUGCAGCGUUUGUGGAAACAGAUUCAGUCGUCUUGGUUCUGUGAAAAGACACAAGUGUGUCGGUGGGAGCGGCAGCAAAAAGUGAAGCUGCAGAGAUGAUUGUGACAUUUUUUACCAGCAGGAUUGCAGCACUGAGAGCAAGAUUGGUUCAACACUGAUCAGCUAACAAAGGAUGAUACAGACUCCCACAUAAGUCUGCAGCUGAGAUGAAUUUGCGUAAUCAUUUAAAUUUGUGUCAUUGGUGUCUGUUACUGAGUCAUUUCCUGGGCAGGGUGCCUUUUGAU